UUAAUACAACAUUAAAAGCGAGCUAAUGAUCUUCGAUUGCCUCAUUGCUUAUGUGUUUGUAGGUACGCCAAAAUAUUUUAAUAUGGGGAAGAUCUUUAUUUGUUUCCACUUCACAAACUGCAUAUUACUUAAUAGAGUAUCUUAGUUUUAGUAAAGGGGGAUAAUUUACAGUACCUGAGGUUUUGAAUAAAUGUAUGUACGUCAUCGACUUCAUGUACUACAUGAAUGGAAGCUCUCGCGAGUCCGUGAUCAAGUGAACGCAUGUCCACAACAGAUUCAACAAACCCGGAAAUGUGUUCCACAACAUUGUCCAAGAGAUAUCAACUUUAGCGUCGCUGUGAUAUAGUGCUUCCAAAGACGAUACCUUCAAUAAACCGGGUCGGUUUUCCAUAAAAUAACAUAUCGCAAUGUCUCAACGGGAACUGAAGGAGGCGUUUAUCAGCAACCUCAACGGGACCAGUCUGGGAGAAGUGGCAUUGGGCUCAUUCCUUACCCCGUUGUGCUUUAUCAACAGAGGACUCGUCUGGAUUUUGUAUUAUCAGGCAAAAGGAACUGUCCCUUUGCCGUUUCCAUGGAUUUCUCACUUUGUACUAGACUUUUGCAUGAUUGUAGCUCCACUUGUACUGUCAUGCACCAUGUUAAGUGACAUUCUGCACUUGGUCAUCCUGGCUUUGGCCUUGGUGUCAGGGGCUUUCCAGUGGUAUGUCUACCACGCCAAGGGCAAUCCUGCUGCCGUGCAUCCACAAACCGUCACCAGCAAGAACUUCCUCAAGAGCCACGUUCAGUCCGGCCGGGUUCCCAUGGUUACUGUCUUUAGGGUUCUUGUGAACAUUAAAACUGCUAUAAGCAUUUUAGCCGUGGAUUUUAAUGUGUUCCCAAGGAGAUAUGCUAAAACUGAAUUGUACGGUACAGGGGUCAUGGACUUUGGCGUAGGGGCAUACGUCUUUGCGAAUGCCCUUGUUUCUCCAGAGGCCCGGGGUAGGACCAUAGUUGGAUCAAAGAUGAAUCACAUCGCCAAGCAGUUGAUGACUGUUUGGCCCCUCCUAGUCCUCGGUUUGAUAAGACUAGCCAGUGUCAAAAUGACCGGAUAUCAUGAGCAUGUGACAGAGUAUGGGGUUCAUUGGAAUUUCUUCUUCACCCUAGCCAUAGUUCGAGUCGUGGCGUCCUUGCUCUUGGCUCUCUUUCCAGUUGGUCACUCUUGGAUCUUUGCCGUCCUGCUGAGUGGUCUCUACCAGUCGGCUCUCGAGACAACAGGUCUGAAAUCCUUUCUGCUCCACAACAAUGACAGGACCGUCGACUUUGUGCACGCCAACAAAGAGGGCCUGUUUUCCGUCCCGGGCUACAUCGCGAUAUACAUGGCGGGAGUUCAAGUCGGCCUCUAUCUCAUGAAGCCAAGGACCUUGGUGAGGGACUAUUUCAGAGUGAUUUUUAACUUCCUGUGGGGAAGUGGUGUGCUGUAUGCCGGUUUGUUCCUCUGCCAGGCGACCGUUGAGCCAGUGUCCCGGCGGUUGGCAAACUUGUCUUUCUGCCUCUGGAUUGUGGCUCAGUGUACGUUCUUCCUUGCGUGCCUGGCCUUGGGCGAUAUGGCAUUACUAAUGCUUCAGAGGAAAUCACACUGCUACCUGGUGCCGUCGGCAUGGAACCCACACGAAAAGGACAAAGAUUCAGUCGCAGAGGGAAAGAGGAGGAGUAUGGAUAGGUUUUGUCUCUAUCAGGCGAUAAACCGGAAUCAGUUGUUGUUUUUCUUGAUCGCAAAUGUAACGACCGGCUUGACUAACAUUUUGGUGGACACGUUUAGCACCAGUGAUUAUGUCUCGGUGUCUGUCUUGCUGGCCUAUAUGUUUAUUAACUGUGGUGCUGUACAUAUUCUACAUUUGUUUAAAAUAACUGUAAAAUUCUGGUGAUUUUCCUUUGGUAACUUAUUCUCCACUUUGAUGAACCAAAAUAUGUGGCUGGGGCUGCAAUACUAUAUAUGUUAUUAUACAUGUUUUUUUGCAAAUGGUUUAACAAAGCGUGUGCGUGUGCGUGUGUGUGUGAGAGAGAUAUCAAGGGACAAAUGUAGCAUAUUCAUUAAAGCUACACUUACAAGCUAUUGUAACUGGAUUUGCACUGGAUAAUCAGUUUUCAUUUUGUAAAUUCGUAUUUUUUAAAUGUUGGUUAGCCUUUAUAGCAUGAUGUACUUGGAUAUCUAUUGGGAUUAUGCAUUGUGUUGAAUGAACAGUAAAUAAAGUCUUUAUUUAAAAUGAAA